CCUGCCUCAGUGUGUCGCCAACCACCGUCGGAGGCGGGUUGUACUGCGCGCGUUUUUAAAGGAUCGUGAAGUACUAUAAUUCAAGUCAUGCGAGUUUUAAGAUAACGUGAAUGGAUUAAGAUUUGAACCUUUAACUCGAGGCAUUUUUAAUGACACUAGGGUUUCGAUAAACGCAAAUAUCGAAGGAAAUCUGUAUAUUUAAUAGUUAUAUAUGAAGUGUAUCCAUGUGGACCUUGACAGUUUAAAAGAACUAAGAACUACAAGACACCAGGAGCCAUUGGAUUCUCAACGCCUCUUGACCGCGCUCCACGGCAGGAUCGCCAAGCAGUCGCCAUAGGACGCUUCUUACAGCCUGACACUCGCAUAAAUUACCUGUUACCACUCCACUACAAGUUUUUGGCAUGGACCAAGUGAUGUGUAGGAAAAGAAACACAAAAGCAACACCCUGAAAAUUAUUAGAACUUAGUUUUGCUAUUCUGCUUCCUGAAAACUGUGAAUCUCAUCACAGAAGAAUGAAGUUCAGAAGUAUUAAUUUAUGUUUGUGCAUAGCUGUUGGUGUGUUAGCAACAGUUGGAAGGGGUGCCCAGUUCGACGCCCCUGAUAACUAUGACUACAGCUAUGGUGAUGACAGAUAUCAGUAUGAAGGUGAGCCCGCAGCCGCACCCUCCCUCCACGCUGAGAGCCAUGUUGCUGAUCCAAUUCAUCUUAUAGGUGAGGCUGAUGAACCAAAAGGUGAAGAGCUGCCCUUGUGCUGUCCACCAAACACAGUAUACGAUGUUUACCACAAUUGUACGGGUACUCCCGAAGGCUGGUCUUGGAAACCUUUUCUGUCUGGAGAACCCCAAGCACGCUUCACUUACAAAGGCUUUCCUAAAUGCAAGCUAAGUGAUCCAGUAUCCAUAUACCAAAAGGAGGUGUUCUUUAAUGAUGGAGAUGCUUUUGUGCCCAAUUACAUUCAGCUGGAUCAUGUCUCUCGGUCAAAAUAUUGUGUUGCCAAGGUUUAUGAUAGUUCGAGUCCUGAAGAAUGUGAAAUUCAUCAGACGAAAGUAUUUGUGUGCCUUGAAAAGAAACAGCCAGAGCCUGGCCUUUACUGGACAGGUGUGGGUGUGGCUCAUCUGCUUCUUUUCUUAACUCUGCUUGCAUUCUUCUUGAUAAGGGAUCUUAGAUCAUUACAGGGGCAGUACAUGAUAUGCUUUAUAAUAUCUCUACUGCUGUACAACAUUUGUCUACUGCCAGGAUCGGUACUCACCUUAGACAUCAGCUUUGUGUCAUGUGUAUCCUUAGGGGCAGUCAAAUACUUUUUCUUCUGUGGAGUCAUGCUAUGGUUUAAUGUGAUCUGCUUCGAUAUUUGGAGAACAUUAAAGAAUCGUCAAGAUGUUGGCUCUAGAAAACGUUUUCUACUAUAUUCUGUUUAUACUUGGGUUGUUGGAGCAGUGUUAACUACAGUCGUCCUUGUUACACCAUAUGCAACGGGGAAGGAUCGUGAUAGCAGCUUAAUGGAACCUGUGGCAGAAUUAUGUAAAUUAAAAACGGAUAUAAAUAUAAUCUUGCAGUUGGUGGAAACAUUACUGAUGGUUGUGAACUUAUGCUUUAUUGCUUUGGCAACUUCGCAUACCUGCAAGUAUCCCAAGUUUGGAAAUGGCCUCCCACGUUGUGAAGCUACCCUUAGUUUAAAACAAGGAUGGAAGUUGUUUGUCAUCAUGAUUGGCCACACGCUUAUUGACGUUCCUGAUGAUAUUUUGGAAAUAAGAGUUGUUGAUUUGUGGCGAUAUGUGUUGCUAGAGUCAUUGGCCAUCUUUGCAGUAUUUGCAUACAGGAAGACUGUACUAAAGGCUUUGUACCGUUGUUUCUGUCGAGCACCCUGUUACCAUCCAGAUGAAGAAAUGUCUUCCGUACAGGAGAAAGAUCAACUUACAACAAUGCAUUAGUUGUAGAACUCAAGUUAAAAAGGUUGUAGAUCAUGGAAUGUCUUAUUGUUAACACACUCAUAUUCCAGUGACACAAUAGGUCAUCCAGGAAAUUUAUGGUGUUAUUCCAAGAUGUAAUACAUGGUGUGUUGGGUGGGCCAUGCUCCCUAGUACCCUACAGACACCUUUUUCACAUGUUUGUGAUCCUUUUUAAUUGGAAAUCUAGUGAUAUUUGGUGCUGAGAUUUAUGGAUGCUACAAAUAUACUGUAAUCCCUUAAUGGAGUGGCAAAACAUAAGAAAAAUACAUUGACAAAGAAGUUAAUGCAGCUUCUGUUGUAAGAAUUUGAAUAAUUUUUUUAUGCAAAUAUUUUUUUUAGUUUUGCCAUACAAUAGAGCAAUCAUUACAAUAAACAUAAGUAACAGAGCAAUAAAAGCUGUACAACAUAAAUGUUUACACAUUUAGUAUAUACUGUGUUUGUGUAAUAUACACAUAUACAGGCAUGUCAUAGCUAUUAUUUUCAAACAUUUACAUGUUAAAAAGCACACAUGCAGCAGAACAAAUGCAAAAUAAUUACAAACAUUGUAGAUGGGAACCUGUGCACGCCACCCCAAUACAAUUCGGAGGGAGAGGGUGAGUGUGCCAGCAGAGCACUGUGUGCGUUAUACAGUUCUGUUGCAGCACAAUAGCCUAUAUUUAAAUUAUAGGCUAUUCUUGAACCAUCACCUGUCAAACGAGUUGCCUGCAUUUUGUGACGCAUGCACAAAAGUGCUAAGGAAAUAUGCCUAGACCUUGUAGGAAUGGGCCUAGCACACCUAGACGAAGGUGCUGCAUCAAUACCAGAUGUCGGGUAAUUGCAGAUUCUGUAAUUAUCACCUGGAGCAUACAGCAUAAUUACUUUAAUAUUUGAAUAUUUGUUCAUUUUUUUGGCAUGUUUUUCAUAGCAAAUUGCUCAAAAUUGUGCCACUUCUGAAAACAAAACAAUGCUAUUAAGGUUAAUUUAAUCAUUACUAUUUAUUAAAGUGUGUAUAUAUAUAUUAGAAUUCUGUAAAUGUGCAGUUAAACAUUUCAUUGAACAAGGCCAUUAACUAUUGUAACUUUGAUUCUUCAGCGUGAUGAAUCUGUUGAUACUUUUAUAAUUUGAUAUACAAAAUAUUACAUUAUGUAAUUGUUGUGCUGCUGCUCAUCAUUGUAUAUUUUUAUGUAUGAAUGAGUGCCUAUAAAUGCUCAACUUUAUUUUAUCAGAGCAGUGCUCUUAUCUGUAAGUGAAUUUUAAAUAUAGUGUACAUUCAUUGUGACUACUACUGGUGUUUAGUCAAGCGAUAAUUUUUUGUUACUAUUAAUUGUUAAUCAUUAUUGUUGUCCUAGUUACUGAAACAAGUGAUAUUUCAAUACUUAAGAUGUAAUCAUUUUGUUAAAUGAACAUUGCCAAAAAUAGGUACACAGCGAGCGUGUAAAAUUCAGCUGGUGCAAAAUUUGUUCUCUUAAACUUCAGAUUACACAAUACAGUAUUGAUUUUUUGGGGUGUAUCGAGGAAUCUUCAUAACUGACCCCUUUUGCUCCAUUUCUUAAGUCUUUAAAAUUGAGCAAUCUUAUUAUUUGACUAUGUACAUACUCGGUAAGUUGUGUUUUGUAACAUAACCAACGAUUGCCUUCAAUAUAUGGUUAGUGCAUCGUUUAAAAUAUCAACAAUAUUAAUAUAGGUACGACACUCGAGCUGACAGUGACGGGUCAAUCAAAAAAGACUGAUUAAAAAAAAUCAAACUAUUAAUGCUUGGAUAUCUUAUUUAAUUGACUUCAUUUCACUUAAAACCAUCACAAAGAUGUAACUAUUGAUACAAGUCACAAUUAAUGAAAGUUAAAAUUUCUGCAAAUAUUUUUGGUAUUGCAUUGUUUCAAAUUUAGAUUUUAGAAUUAAAAUACAGUAUUUGCAUAUACUUGUAAUGUUAAUUUUCAACCUAAUUAUCAUUGAUAGCUGGAGAAAGUAUGCAUUCCAUAGGUUUAUAAUUUUUUUGUACACAAUUUUCCACUUUUUUUUUUUUCUCCCCAACAUGCUGGUGCAUUGUUGAAUGGUUAUGCUGACCAGUGUUUCCAGCUAUUCAAAACCUAUUUUAUUAUGCGCUUACCAUGUUGUAUUUUAUGUUGUGGGGUUUGCAUUGUAGUUCCUAUUGGUUCAUUCUUUAAUAUUUGUUUUGCCAUCAGAACAUAAUUUUACAUGCAUAUGAUGAAAUGGUAUGACCAGAGUCAGUAUUAUACAGGUCCUCUACACAAUGGUGUACAAAUCAUUUUUAUUACUGUACUAUUAACAUUGACCUACAACUUGUUUGUAUUAAAAAAAUGUAUGUAA